AUGAUAGAAAGCUCAAUGGGUGAACUGAGAUUGAAAGAGGCAGAAAUGGUGAGAGAAAAGGAGAACAUGGAAAACAAGAUGGCUAGACUCAAAGACGAAGAGGAUAGAAUGCGGGAAGAAAUAGGAAGGAAGGUGGACAACUUGAAGCAGGAAAGUCAUGAAAUCAAAAGACUUAGAGAUGAAAUUGACAGUGAAAAGGACCAGCUGAAUGCAAAAUUGCUUGAGUUGGAAAAAAUGCGUGAAGAACUAGAUAGAGAGAAGAAGGAAGUGAAAGACAGGAAGGAUGAAGUACUGAAAGAGAAAGAUCAGUUGGAAGAGAGGCAAGAUAAGAUCAGUAAGGAGAAAGAGGAAUUGGAUAUCAGUCUUGAACUGAUGAAAAGACAAAGGGAAGACUUGACGAGCUUGAAGGCUGAAGCAGAAGCACAGACCGAUCCUAUGGAAAAAGACUGGAAGGAAAAGCUCACGAGGGAAAGACAACAACUUGAAGAUGUAAAGGAGGAGAUACAGAAGGAAAAAGAAGCCUUUGAGAGAAAGAAGGGAUUGACCAUGAAAGAAAGAGAUGAGUUUGAGCUGAUGAAGUCUGAAACCCAGGGUCAAAUGGUGGAAAUAGAACAAAGCAAACAAGACAUUCGUGUGGAGAAGGAAAAGCUGGAUCAGAUCAAAGCUGAGUUAGAAAGACGAUCUGAAAACAUAAAUCAGGUCAUGGAUGAGACAAGACGGGAGAGGGGGAAGGUUGAAGAACUGGCUAUCCAAACUCAAAAACAAAGAGAAGAAAUGGUGGGUUUCAUGGAAAAUAACAAACAAAAGCAGAAUGAACUGGAACUCAUGAAUGACAAGAUUGAAAGAGAGAAACAAGACAUCGAAGAAAGUCGGGAUGUGCUAACAAAGGAGAGAGAGGAGCUGGAACAAAUGAGGAAUGAGACACAGCGACAGAGAGAGGAGACAGAAUCUCACAUGGAAGACCAAAGGAAAGAGAAAGAACAUCUGGAACAAAUGACGACGGACAUGAAAAAACAGUUGCUAGAGAUGGAUAAUGACAAGGAAAUGAUAGAAAGCUCAAUGGGUGAACUGAGAUUGAAAGAGGCAGAAAUGGUGAGAGAAAAGGAGAACAUGGAAAACAAGAUGGCUAGACUCAAAGACGAAGAGGAUAGAAUGCGGGAAGAAAUAGGAAGGAAGGUGGACAACUUGAAGCAGGAAAGUCAUGAAAUCAAAAGACUUAGAGAUGAAAUUGACAGUGAAAAGGACCAGCUGAAUGCAAAAUUGCUUGAGUUGGAAAAAAUGCGUGAAGAACUAGAUAGAGAGAAGAAGGAAGUGAAAGACAGGAAGGAUGAAGUACUGAAAGAGAAAGAUCAGUUGGAAGAGAGGCAAGAUAAGAUCAGUAAGGAGAAAGAGGAAUUGGAUAUCAGUCUUGAACUGAUGAAAAGACAAAGGGAAGACUUGACGAGCUUGAAGGCUGAAGCAGAAGCACAGACCGAUCCUAUGGAAAAAGACUGGAAGGAAAAGCUCACGAGGGAAAGACAACAACUUGAAGAUGUAAAGGAGGAGAUACAGAAGGAAAAAAGAAGCCUUUGAGAGAAAGAAGGGAUUGACCAUGAAAGAAAGAGAUGCGUUUGAGCUGAUGAAGUCUGAAACCCAGGGUCAAUUGGUGGAAAUAGAACAAAGCAAACAAGACAUUCGUGUGGAGAAGGAAAAGCUGGAUCAGAUCAAAGCUGAGUUAGAAAGACGAUCUGAAAACAUAAAUCAGGUCAUGGAUGAGACAAGACGGGAGAGGGGGAAGGUUGAAGAACUGGCUAUCCAAACUCAAAAACAAAGAGAAGAAAUGGUGGGUUUCAUGGAAAAGAACAACCAAAAGCAGAACGAACUGGAACUCAUGAAUAACAAGAUUGAAAGAGAGAAACAAGACAUCGAAGAAAGUCGGGAUGUGCUAACAAAGGAGAGAGAGGAGCUGGAACAAAUGAGGAAUGAGACACAGCGACAGAGAGAGGAGACAGAAUCUCACAUGGAAGACCAAA